AUGGGCAGCAUUGAUACUACCCCUCCAACCUCCAUUCCGACAGUGGAUAUCAGCCCCUGGCUCGACGAACAUGCCCCACCAGCCGCUAAAGAUGAGGUUGUGAACGCCAUGCGCGAUGCAUGCUCCACCUUUGGCUUUUUCUAUCUCGUCGGGCAUGGCAUUUCUGAAGAGGAUCGCCAAGCCGUGCUCGAGUGCACUCGUCGGUACUUCGCCCUCCCUAAGGAGGACAAGAUGGAUACAUGGAUUGGCAAGGCCAUGGGGAGGUCGUUCCGUGGCUACGAGCCGCCGGCUCUGCAGGUGCAUAAGGAGGGAUUAUUGCCUGAUACCAAAGAGGGGUUUAUUCUCGGUCGAGAGACCCCAGCAGAUGCUCCCGAGGCAGGGACCUUUCAUACCGGCCCUAACCAGUGGCCAAAGGCGCUUCGUGAUGAGGACUUCCGUACCCCUAUCAUGAAAUACCACGGCAAGAUGAUCGAGAUGGUGAAGGUCAUCCUGAAGAUCUUGGCUCGAGGCCUUCCCGCCGAGUGGAACUGCCCAACUGGCAUAUUUGAUGAGUUGACGGUCGAUCCAUCAGCGCCCUUGCGGUUGCUCUACUACGCUCCUCAAUCCACCAAGCAGGCAAACCAAUUUGGAGUGGGCGAGCACACCGACUUUGGUAACGUCUCGGUCCUGCUACAGGAAGAAGGGACCGAGGGUUUAGAAGUUCUAUAUCCUCCAACGCAGACUUGGGUUCCCGUGCCGGUAAAAGCACACUCAUAUGUGAUUAAUAUGGGCGAUAUGAUGCAGAAGUGGACGGUUGGGUACUACCGCAGUGCGCUUCAUCGGGUUGUGAAUUCCAGCACCAAGGCGAGAUAUAGUGCCCCUUUCUUUAUGAACGGAAACUUGGAUCUUAAAUGCCAUGCCUUGGAUGGAUCUGGGGAGGUGACUGUUGUCGGAGAGCACAUUCGUCGGAGACUGAUGGAGACAAUCGGUGGCGAGGCGGGAAAGAAGUUAGGGCUUUGA